AUGACCGAGGAGAUUGGUUUUGAUGAUGAGACAGAAUCGAAUUUUGGCAUUGAACUCGAAGGUAAUGCACUAAUUCAUCACUUUGAACGAGACUUAUUUCAAUUAUCAGAUGACGGUCCAUUAAACACUAAGGGUCAUGUAAACCUCAACAAUCCAGUAUCACCUGACCAUCCAACGUACCCAUGGCCGUCAAAAGCUCAUUUCAUCACUGCACUACUGUUCAGUUCUCUGAGGCUUCCAUUUUCAGAGGCGCAGAAAAAGGCAAUUUUAUCUUGGGCAAAGGAACUCGGUGCCCUUGAUGUUCCCUCACUGUACGCCUUGAACCGCUUCCAGGAGACUGUACAAACACUUGUCGGAAAUCCGACAGAAAAGGUCACUGCUCAUUCGGGGAACAUAUUCUAUCUCAAUGAUGUUGGACGAGCAAUUGCAAAGGAUUAUGCCAACCCUCUGACUCGUUUCGCAAUGCAGGAUUACCCGGAAGAUGGAGGACGAGGAAUGUCCCAGGUUUUCAAUGGGGAGAAGAUGUUAUUCGAGCUCCCUUCGCCCCCAGCAGCAAAAGUCGAUGGGGAGAUAUACUUUGUGAACGAGCUCUUGCAAGAUAGCUUGAAAGACUAUUUUAUCCCCGAAUGUUUUUUUUUCGCAUCAUAUACAUCAACAAGUAAUACAGCGGAGAAGGUGUUACAUGCACUAGGACGUGCUGCACAACGAACGGAGGAAGGGUUCAUUGUCAGCGACGAGCAAGAAAUCAUCCCGACGACUAGCUUUCGGAGGUCAUUCAGGGAGAUAUCACUCGACGUCAAUGAACUUGCAUGCGGACUGACAGCAUCAUCAAAUAAGUAUGCUAAACUCGAACCGAAUCUGUUAUGCGCCAAGUCUCAAGGUCGCAUGGUGUACGCUGUCCCUCUCAUUAUUUUUAUGGAUGAUGUGUCCGGGAAUAUCUCCAAACAGUGGAACAAGCACCAUGCUAUAUAUAUGUCAAAUGCGAAUUUGCCUCGCGAAAUGCUGGAGAAAGAGUUUUGCGUUCGAUUCGUCACUUCUUCUCCUCAUGCAGCUCCCAUGGAAAUGAUGAGUGCUAUGCAAGACUCAAUUGGGAAGGCUGCCGAAUCUGGGACCUUUGCUUGGGACUGCAAAGACAACGAAGAAGUCAUGCUCGUCCCGUAUGGUCUCUUUCUUGGUGGCGACAACCCCAUGCAUGCUGAAGAGUGCAGUCAUGCAGGGUUACAUUGUAACUACUUUUGCAGGACAUGUGAAGUUGGUGGAACGAAGGAGUAUAAGGAGUCGGAUGAGGGCUACAACAGCAUUUUUGUGCCGGGACAGCUUCGCACUCCCGCAGGAACAGCAGCUGAAAUUCGCGCUCAAUUCGUCACUGCGCUCCAGUCAGGCGCUUCCGAAAAAAUCAAGAAGUCUGUCGCUUCAACAGGUGUCAAAGACACUACAACCGCCUACAUUCUUGAUGCAGUUGUUGAGAUGGGAAAGAAACUGCGCAAACGGGUGGCUGGCAUCCAGCCGAAACACGACAGCGAAGUCAGGACAAUUUUGAACAAGGAGCUUGAAGAUCUCUUACAAGGGAGCGCACUCAAUGACACAAUCAAUCCUUUGCUCGGUGUGAAGGGAUUCAAUGUUCACCAAGACACACCAACGGAGAUACUUCAUACGGUGCUAUUGGGGGUUGUCAAGUAUUUUUGGGGUCAGACCGUUUAUCUUCUUGAGAAGGCGAAGCUUAUGGAUCUUUUUCAAACACAACUUGAUUCAAUCGUGAAGGAUGGACUCGACUCUCCACGUCUCAAUGCCGAUUACAUUUGUCACUACAAGGGCAGUCUCAUCGGCAAACAUUUCAAGAGUUUGGCUCAGGUAAUGCCAUUUCUCAUUCAAGAUCUGUUGCCGAGAACGGUACUCGAUGGAUGGACCAUUAUCGGUGAGCUUGUUGUGCACAUUUGGCACACCAAAAUAGAUGAUACAGAGAUAUACUUGGCUAAGCUUUCUCAAACCAUUGAAGAUUUCCUCAAUGUCACGGCUCAAUGCGCACCUAGUAUCCUUAUUUCAAAACCAAAGUUUCAUUUCUUGGUUCAUCUUCCUGCUUACAUCUGCCGCUUUGGACCUGCAAUUCUCUUUUCCACUGAACGAUACGAGUCUUUUAAUCAUAUCUUCCGGCUUGCAUGUAUCCACAGCAAUCAACAAGGACCAAGUCAGGAUACGUGCAGAAUCUUUGCGAGACAAGAUAUCGUCAAGCACAUUGCUACGGGUGGCUACUGGUUUGAUACUGCGAGGAAAAAGUGGGUUUGGGCGGGUGACAAGGUGUUAAGCUACGUCGAUGAGCAUCCAGAGCAGGUGCAGCUUUUGGGAAUUCAUAUGGAAACAUCUCCUUUAACAGGUAGCUUUUUCCCAGACAAGCCUGUUCCAUGGACAGCAAUGCACUGUGCAAAGGCACUCAAUAUCCCACAACCUGCCACCAUUCAAUACUGCCAUGGAAUCUCUUUGGUUGUCGGCAAUGGCGAGAAGGCAUCCUUAGGUGGACACGUCAUUUUUCAUGACACCUCGACAUCUUCCUCAGAAAUCGGAUGUGUUCGCGAGAUUCUGAUAUCAAACUCUUGCCGGCGUGUGCAGCAUGUUGCUGUUCAGAUAUUUACUUUUGGACCUGCCUUACAUCCCUUGCUUCACCUCCCCGCUCUUGAGCUCACAGACCACGAUGUUGUCAUUAGCCCCGAAGACAUUAUUUGUAUCGUAAAUCUUCAGCACGACUGCGUUAAAGCACAGUGCACAGAUAUUAGUCAAUGCCGUGUUCAUCAAGAACAAACCAAGACCGCGCAUACAAGGCCUGUCAUUCAGCACCAACCCUCACCAUUUUACCUUCUCAAUGCUUAUUCGAUUCACAAUCACGCUCAGAUUCAAUCUGUUAUCCCUCAGUCUCUCCGUGAGACACCACUGAGGGUCCCCAAUGUGGCAGAUGUCCGUCUUGCAGCAGCUUGUCAAAUUCGGGAGAAGAAAGCAGCGAAAAAAGCCGGUGAAACACCAGGUGCCGCAUCUGUAAGUGCACCGCCCGACGAUGUGGCUAGAGUCCCUGCAGUGUUCGACCGCCCAGCAGCAAAGGCGGCCAGCAAAGCAAAAGAGAAGGUACCUCGUCCACGCGCAAAUGCACGACACCCCACGAUCAUUCAGUCAGCUGUGUCUUCAAGUCACCAGCUCUCAACACCCCUCAUGACAGCAGUUGCCAGCGGAUCUUCCUAUGUGCCAUCACCACUGGCACCUACGCCAUCAAUGCAUCCGCCCACAAUGGUGCCAUCCCAGUGGCAGCAAUCUCUCAUUCCUUCAUCCAGAGUCCCCCCUUCCCAUCACCCAUUGCACCCGCUCCCAAUGACAUUGACAUGGCAAUACCACCAUCCCCCACCGAUGCACACUGGUCAACCUUUUGCACCAGUGAUGACACCGCAUGUAUGGAACCCUCAAGCCAAUCCAUGGCAUCACGACCAGUUCAGAAGAUAG